AUGACUAUGUCGGCGAGAAAGCGCCGAGUUUUUUCCGGGAUGUCGGCCUUGAUGGCUGGCGCGGUUUUUCAGGAGAGGUCGUCACCAACGGCUUCGGCAAUGUCAACCUCCUCGACGUCCUUCGUCCAAAGCUGUCAUCGACUAAGAGUGAGGUCUGCCUUCCCUGCGCCCAGCCUUGGCCGCCCUGCGCCUCGCCUGGGUAGCAGGACUUCGCAAUCUAGUCGGACGAUGGUGCGGGCAAGCAGCCCACUUUCGUCCCCUUUGUUUCUGGCUUCCGCUGCUGGCCUUGCCACUGGGACACUUGUUGUGCUGCUGAACGACUUCGUCCACCUUGUUCAAGACUUUCUGUUUGAGUUGCCAGGGCUCAGCAUACUAGCCCCCGUAAUCUCAGCCUCCUUCGUCAGCUUGCUCUUGCUGGCCCGGGGUGCAAAAGGCCUUUCCGGGUCGUCGGACCUUGCCGCAUUGAAGGCUUCAGGCGGGGCACCCCCCAAAGACAGCGGCGAGGCACCUCUCAGGGCUUUGGCAGCAGGCCUGACUUUGGCCGGCGGCAACUCCCUGGGGCCCGAGGGGCCAAGUGUAGAGAUUGGUGCCAAUGUGGCCGCCAGCUUGUCGGGGUAUCAGAAGAACACUACUGACUCUGACCGUGCUUUGCGCCAGAACUUGCUUGCUGCCGGCUGCGCCAGUGGAAUCGCAGCUGGCUUCAAUGCGCCAGUUGCCGGCCUCUUUUUCGCACUGGAAUCGAUUCAAUCGAACUGCGCUCCGGACGAUGCGCGAGCGAAGGGCCCGCCCAUGCAACUCUUAGCGGCCGUUUUGGCGGCCACUGUGUCCCAGCUGGGUCUGGGCUCGAGUCCUGCGGUGGAUCUGGAGUUCUUUGGCUGGGUCCCAACGCGGUCACUCUGGGAGCUGCCAGUCUUCAUGUCGCUGGGCGUCCUCUGCGGAGCCGCGGCCUUUGCGCUCCGCGCCGCGCGCCUAACGGCGAAGUGUGCCUUCGAUGGCCUCGAAUCUGCUGGCACUCCGAGGUUCAUCUUCCCUGUUCUGGCAGCCGCUGUGGUGGUGUGCGUCUCCGUCUACGGAAACGUCCAGGAGGUCCUGUACAAGGGCUUCUCCAACGUGAACUUGAUCCUGAAAGAGGUUGAUGGCGCGCGACAGCCGCCACUUUCCUUUGCUGGAGGUUCCCUGAGCCACCUACUAGCACUGAUCAUUGCCAAGAUUUUCCUCACCGCGGUAUGUCAGUCCUCUGGGCAAGUGGGUGGCCUAUUUGCACCUGCACUCUUCAUUGGUGCUUGCUUGGGAGGUUUAGUAGGUCGGGGCCUGCGAGAUUUUCUGUGGCCUUGGGCCCUGUGGUUGCCCGACCUCUCCAUCUUCAAGGCCGAGGGCCCGUUCGUCUUCUCGGUGCCUGCCACCUACGCUAUCGUCGGCAUGGCCGCCUGCCUGGGCUCCAUUUGCAACGUACCAUUGACAGCGGUGGUGCUGCUUCUUGAGCUGGCCGGCGGAAAGGACUACGGCGUUGUACUCCCGACCGUCGCAGCUGUAGGUGUGGCCGUGUACGUGGAAGACCUGUUGUCCAGGAACGUGCCCAAGUUGAUCAGCGAGUGGUCGUCAUCCAGCUCCGAACAGGCGCCUCAGCCUGUGCAGGUGGAAGAAGGUGAGCCUCUCCGACUUCUGUGCCAGACAGUCGAGGAGUUGCCGCCCGACGUGCGUGCUGUCAUGCCGUCGAUGUCCCUGGAAGCUGCUCAAGAAGAACUCGAGCGACUUGGGCCCGGGGCACGUCUUGCUGUCUUCGAGGAUUUACCGUCACUUCGGACUCCGCCACAACUUCUUGGGCUGGUCUCCUUGGCAGACGUGGAGAAGGCAUUGAGAAGCGAGUCCAGCUGA